GGAACGGACGCGCGUACGUGCGCGCGGCGCCGACAGAGUUCGUGCGCUGCGUGAGGCGAAUGUAAGCAGCUUUCACGGGAAUCAGUGCGCAGGAAACCACUCUAUUUUCCGGCGUUAAGGGCUCAUAUCUGCGAUCUUCCAUCAUGCAUGUGGACUUUGAGAAGCUGCGGAUGAGCGGCGCGGGAAAAGCCAUCGCGGUUCUGACGAGCGGCGGAGACGCGCAGGGUAUGAACGCGGCCGUUCGUGCUGUAACACGCAUGGGCAUUUAUGUGGGAGCUAAAGUCUACCUGAUUUAUGAGGGUUAUCAAGGCCUGGUGGAUGGAGGAGAUCAUAUCAAACUCGCCAACUGGCAGAGCGUCACCAACAUCAUUCAGCUGGGCGGCACAAUCAUCGGCAGCGCCCGCUGUAAACCCUUCACCACGCGCGAGGGCCGUCUGGCGGCGGCGUUUCACCUGGUCCAGCGCGGCAUCACUAACCUGUGUGUGUGCGGCGGCGACGGCAGCCUGACCGGAGCAAACAUCUUCCGCAGCGAGUGGAGCGACCUGCUCUCUGAACUCGUGCAGGAAGGCCGGAUCACGGACACUCUGGCGCAGCAGUACACGCAUCUGAACAUCGUGGGUCUGGUGGGAUCCAUCGAUAAUGAUUUCUGUGGAACCGACAUGACGAUCGGAGCCGAUUCUGCUCUGCAUCGAAUCAUGGAAGUCAUUGAUGCAAUCACCACCACCGCACAAAGUCAUCAGAGGACGUUUGUGCUGGAGGUGAUGGGACGCCACUGCGGGUAUCUGGCGGUGGUUUCCGCUCUGGCGUCUGGUGCCGACUGGCUCUUCAUCCCUGAGGCUCCGCCGGAGGACGGAUGGGAGGAUCACAUGUGCGCUCGACUAGGAGAGAGUCGCAGUAAAGGUUCCCGUCUGAACAUCGUGAUCAUCGCAGAAGGAGCCAUCGACAAACACGGCCAGCCCAUCUCCUCAAACUACGUCAAAGAUCUGGUGGUUCAGCGGCUGGGUUACGACACGAGGGUCACCGUCCUGGGUCACGUCCAGAGAGGAGGAACGCCAUCCGCCUUUGAUCGAGUCCUGAGCAGUAAGAUGGGCGUUGAGGCCGUGGUGGCGCUGCUGGAGGCGACUCCGGAGACGCCGGCGUGUGUCAUCGGUCUGUCGGGGAAUCAGGCCAUGCGGCUGCCGCUCAUGGAGUGCGUGAACAUGACGAAAGAGGUUCAGAAAGCCAUGAACGAGAAGAGGUUUGAAGAGGCCAUUCAACUGCGUGGAAAGAGUUUUGAGAACAACUGGAACACGUACAAGCUUUUAGCUCAUCAGAAACCAGCUCAGUCUAAGAGUAAUCACUCGAUGGCGAUCCUGAACAUCGGUGCUCCGGCCGCGGGGAUGAACGCCGCCGUGAGAUCCGCGGUUCGAGUGGGCCUCGCUCAGGGUCACAGGGUUUACACCGUCCACGACGGCUUCGAGGGUCUGGCCAAAGACGCGGUGACUGAGGUUCACUGGCAUGAUGUGGCGGGAUGGACGGGGCAGGGAGGCUCACUGCUGGGCACCAAACGAACUCUUCCCAACUCCUGCAUGGAGAACAUUGUGGACACUAUUGGCAAAUACAACAUCCAGUCGCUGCUGGUGAUUGGUGGAUUUGAGGCGUAUGAAGGAGUUCUUCAGCUGGUUGAAGCUCGCGGCCGCUACGAUGAGCUGUGCAUCCCCAUGUGUGUGAUUCCCGCCACCAUCAGCAACAACGUGCCGGGCACAGACUUCAGUUUGGGCGCAGACACCGCCGUCAACGCCGCCAUGGAGAGCUGCGACAAAAUCAAGCAGUCUGCGUCUGGAACCAAGCGCCGCGUCUUCAUCGUGGAGACCAUGGGCGGAUACUGCGGUUACCUGGCAACCACCACCGGCAUCGCCGUGGGAGCAGACGCCGUCUACAUCUUCGAGGAGCCAUUCAACAUCCACGAGCUGGAGACAAACGUGGAGCAUCUGACGGAGAAAAUGAAGAAUGAUAUUCAGAGAGGACUGGUGUUGAGGAAUGAGAAGUGUCACAAGCACUACACCACUGAAUUCAUCCACAAUCUUUACUCUGCCGAGGGCAAAGGCAUCUUCGACUGCAGGGUCAACGUUCUGGGUCACCUGCAGCAGGGUGGCGUUCCCACUCCGUUUGACAGGAAUUUUGGAACUAAACUGGGAGUGAAGUCAGUUCUGUGGCUCACAGAGAAGAUGAACAACACGUACAGACAGGGCCGCGUGUUUGCGAACGCUCCGGAUACGGCCUGUGUGAUCGGCAUGAAGAAGAAAGUGAUGUCGUUCAGUCCCGUCACCGAACUCAAAGCGCACACCGACUUUGAACACCGGAUGCCGAAGGAGCAGUGGUGGCUGAACCUGCGUCCCAUGUUGAAGAUGUUGGCCAAAUAUCAGACCAGCUUUGACGAGUACGUGACCGGAGAGAUCGAACACGUGACGCGUCGCACGCUCAGCAUGGAGACCGGAUUCUAAACAGACGCACGGUCUCUCCAUAAGAGGGCGCCAGUGUUAACAAACCACCUCUGAGCCAAUAAACCCUGUCAGAAACACACAGUUAUUAACCAUUAGUGUUUAUGAGCAACAUUGAUAAUGAGAACAGAUGUUGUGUUAGUGCUUCAGCCCGUCUGCUGUGCCUUUGUCUUGUAUUUAUUAGUUUUUAACACCUGGCCUGGGGUAAUAUUUCCUUCACGAUGUCAGUCUUUAUAUUUCAAUAGCUUUGCACGUUUGUACCUGAGACUAAAACGACCAAAUGGAGUUUGACUAAAAAAGAUUUCAUGUUUGUAUUUUUGGAUGAAAUUGUAAAAUGUGUUACUGAAUCAUGUUUGUGGACACAAUCGUUUCAUCUUUCUGUUGUGCGAACUAUUUUUGGCUGUUGUUUGAAUUGUUUCCCCCUGGUAUUUGUGUAUAAUAUUCGUUUUGUUUUGUAAUUAUUUGGCUGUUGUUGUUUCUUUAUUCCAGAAUCACAGAUUUGUGUCCGUUGUUGAAUUGUUACUGAAUUCUCGUGCUCUUCUCAGUAUUUUCCUCUGAGCUGACCUGUGGAAAUGCUGCCAAUUUUUAACCUGAUAUCAUGUUUACAGAUGAAUAUAUUAGAUUUGCAUGUCUAAACUUUAAAAGAUGUGCUUCUGUGAUUAAACCCUGAGCAAAUAAAUAUAGAUAUUUUCUGCUGAUUAACAACAA